AUGUAGAUUAAUCUCUUGAAGGUCUUUAAAUUUAAAUUAUUUUUAGGAAGAAAGAUUUGUUCUAAAAUUUCCAUAAUACAUCUAAAAAAGACUUUCAAAUAAUGCUGAGGGAUUUUUCAAAACUUAAAUUAGAGAACAUAUAAGCACUUUUUUGAAUAAAUUUGAAAAUAUAUUAAUUAUCAUGCUUAAUUGUCUUUAAUCGAUAUAUGGCUUUUCUAAUCAAGAGAAACCUGAUAAAGCCAAUAGAAUCAUAUAACAACGAGCUCAAACUAUAUCUAUUUAACCUAGAGGCUAUGACAAUACUCAGAGUCAAAUCCUCGAAAAUAUUACCAUAGAAACGGAUUAAUACCUUUAAUUAGACAAUCAAUACAAUAUUGAACAGCUAGAGUAUCAAUAAAUUCUAAUCUUAUAAGUUUUCCUUCAUUUAGUGACAUAAUUUCGACUCAAUAACCAUCUGAUUUAAUAGUAUAGUAAGAGGGACAACAAUCUCAACUUAUUUAAGAUAAAAUUGAAUACAUUAUCAAGAAGUAAUAAACUGUUACAAAAAAAGUAAGUAUCAUUUCUAUUCUUAAAUAGAAAAGAGCAGUAAAAUUAUGGGAUGCAAAAGAAGAUGCUCAACUACGCACUCAGUUCUAGAAGUACAAUGGAAAAUGGAAUGAAAUUGCUAAGCAUAUGCCAGGAAGAAAUGUAUCAUAAUGUAGUUAAAGAUGGAGGAGAUUGCAACCUAUUAAGAUUGUAAUCAUAUUUGAAAAUAUUGUAGUUUAAAAGAAAACAAUGGACUUAAGCAGAGGAUGAAAUAAUAUUGGAAUUAGUCAAGAAACAUGGAAAAAAUUGGAAAAUUAUUGCUUCAUGUAAAAAUUAAUUCAACUAUAGUGCCUUAGAUUUUCCGAAUAUUUUGAGUAAAAAAAUUAGAGAACGUUAUAUAAAUAAUAUCAACCCUGAAAUUAAUACUGGACCAUGGACUGAAGCUGAAGAUGCAACCCUUUUUAAAUUGUAUUAAGAAUAUGGGGGAAAUGGAGUCUCAUUUCAUCUCAUUUCAAAGGGAGACCGGUACUCUUAUAUCUUAAUCUAUAGGAAAAUAUGGUUAAAAAUAGAUUCUAUUGUUAUAUUAGAAGAGUUCAUCUUGGCCUCUAAAAUCCGUACUAGAUUAUUUAUAAAGUGA